AUGACUGGACGCGGCAAAGGAGGCAAGGGUCUCGGCAAGGGCGGUGCCAAGCGUCACCGCAAGAUUCUACGCGACAACAUCCAGGGCAUCACCAAGCCCGCCAUACGUCGUCUUGCCCGCCGUGGCGGUGUCAAGCGUAUCUCCGCCAUGAUCUAUGAAGAAACCCGUGGUGUCCUCAAGACCUUCCUGGAAGGUGUCAUCCGCGAUGCUGUCACAUACACUGAGCACGCCAAGAGAAAGACAGUCACGUCGCUGGAUGUUGUCUACGCCCUGAAGAGACAAGGACGUGAGUUUUUAUCCCUGUUUCGGUUACUGGCUGUUUUCGACUUUGUAUCUGACUGUGACUCCCUUUUCAAGGCACUCUCUACGGUUUCGGUGGAUAAACAACCAACCUUUUUCUCUCCAACCAUUACAUUCCUCUGCCUUUAA